AUGAGCGCUGUUGCGUCCGAACUGGUUCACCUCGAGAUACUACCAGCCGAGAUACUCCUUUCUGUAGUCCAGUAUCUGCAUGUCAAUGAAGUAAAGCAACUUUAUGGCACCAGCAAACGGCUCAGGGAAGUUUGUCGACCAUCCCUCUUCGCCCAUGUGGGGUUCGAAUUUGCUCAGGAUGAGGCCCAAAAGCUAGAACGUCUUUUGGUAUCAAGCAUUUGCAAGCAUGUCGUUUUGUUCACCUGCAGAGUAAAAAAGCGACUGAGACCCGUCUACGAACUUUUCGAUCCCCAGGAAUGCUUCGUUGAUUUCAUGUCAUUCGGCAAGGCAUACAAAGAGCUGUGGAACACAUUCGAAAAGCAAAACGAUACCGAAAAUAUCGGUCCACUAUUGUCCAACGUUUUCUGCGCACUUCCCUGUCUGAAAGGACCGAAAUUACCAUCUCAAACGAUUUUUAUAUUGUCACCAAGUGAUUUUGGGGGCCCAUUUCCAUCAAAGCCAAAAGUACACAAAUCGGCCUGGACGACACGUUCGACAGCGACGUUAUUCCCUAGUCAAAGGUAG